UUCCUGGGUCCACAAAUACCGAGGUUCCUUGUUUGGAAACCGAGGUAUGCCGAAUUUAUUGAACCAGGAUGUAGAACUCUUAAGACUAACCACCACCUACUUUCUGCAUUGCCCAAAGAACGAGAGAGGCCAUUCUAUAGGGAACAUUGCCAAACGAGAUGAGGGCUUCUGGCGCGAAGGGUGGGAGAUUGGAUAACCUCCCGCAGUUCCUCGAGACACACCCCACAUCUGUUCAAGCCCUAGACCAUUUCGCUGCCAUUCCAUGGAUCAAAAAGCUCCUGACCAACCCAACCUACAAGGCAAUUCCCACAUAUGGUCGUGUUCAAAAAUCAGACAGUACUGAGGACUGCUUCUUUGCCCAAACCACCAACAGCCCAACCGCAAUCCCACACUUCCUGACAUUGCAACGAAAGCAUUUCUCUCCGCUACCAGAAAGUCCAAGGGGAACAAUAUCUCUCAGCGCAGGCCCGCGGACGACACCGUACCGCGCCCCAGAAUACCCAGAUUGCUUCGCGCUCCUUGAAUUAGGAUCUCCCGGGCUGGACGGACAAUCCGGGAUACUCCAUGGUGGGAUGGCCGGAGCAAUUUUGGACGAAACUUUGGGUCUCACGGUAUCACUACAUUUGGCCGCGCAUCCUAAACGCGGGUUGUCAGGGAUGACUGCAAGUUUACAUGUUACCUACCGGGCACCGGUCUUGACACCAAGCACUGUGGUUGUCCGCACCUGGGUUGAGGUACGUGAGGGGCGUAAGUGGGUGUGUAGAGGGCAGAUUGUGGAUGGGGAUGGUGUGGUUCUGACGGAGGGAGAGGCUUUGUUCGUCACUGGAGUGCAGGGAGCUACCUUGUAAGAACGCCGUCUGCCUUUUGCAUUAUCGAGCAUCUCAGGGCCCUGGUGGUCAUAGAUUUGGACCAAUUUCACCUAUCAUUCGUGUAAUUCCUAGCAUGUAUUAAAACCCUGUCUUCUACUGUAGG